CUAAGGUGACAACUGUGGAAACCGCCAAAUGCAAGGCAGGUCUAGACUUUUAUUAUGACAGAGUCCAGCACGUUUACCCGGAAGUGAUCCUGGAUGCCGACAAUAACAAGCCCUGCCGAAAUGCGUCAGUCGUAAAGAUUUUGGGAUGGAGAUGUCUAAAGCGGAGCGUCUGAACGAGCGCGUGAGCGAGCUGCUGACGGCGGCGGUGCAGCGCGUGCUGGAGGCGGUGCGGGACACGGUGCGGGAGUACGAGGAGAAAAGCGCGCAGACGCAGAGGGAGAACGAGAGACUGCGGAGGAGAGUGCAGGAGCUGCAGGACCAGCUGGACAGGGACACCGCAGUUUCACACAUCACUGCCCAGCUCACUGUGUCUCCUCCUCCUCCUACUUCGUUUGGACAGAAGAAACCUUCAUGCAGUCGUCAGUCGGACACCACAGCGUUGAAAGACAAGCCGUGUUUCAAGGAGGAGCCACCCAACGACGCGCAAAACGGCUUGUUUCCCGCUGAAAUCAAAACCGAAAUGGAACAGUCGGACUACCCGGCUGCAGAAGAACCCGUUCUGGAACCCGUUCUCCAAAAUACCUAUUUCCCCUGCACGCAUUUGCAGUUCCACGCGUCUCAGAACGAGGCGGACUUCCCCGCAGCGCCUCCGUGCAACAACACGGACACUCUGGACACCUUUGUGGAGCAUUUCCCCUUCGAGGAAGACGGCUGGAGACAGCAGAGCCGGGACGAGCGCCACAUCUGUCUGCUGUGUGGGAAAAACUUUAACCGACUCGCCAACCUGCGCAUCCACCAGCGCUGCCACACGGGGGAGAAGCCGUACACGUGCUCGCACUGCGGCCGGCGCUUCAGCCACAGCGGAAACCUGCAGAAACACAAGCGCGUGCACACGGGCGAGAGGCCGUACCAGUGCCCGCAGUGCAGCAAGAGCUUCUGCCAGUCCAGCCAUCUGAAGAAGCAUCAGAUGGUCCACACGGGCCGACACGUCACUGUCACCAGGAGGAACAUGGAGCUCUGAAGGAACCUCAGGGUGUCAAAAGUCACUUUUUUUUGUUUGUAGUUGUUGCUCUGGCUCCGCCCACUGCACUGUCCUGACUCUGAAAAUUGUGAUUGUGUACUGUAAUGUAAGACCUUAACACGGUGUUCAUAGGGCUACGUAACACCUACUUAAGCCCUUCAUGAUAACAGUCACAAGCCUGCACGUUGAAAAGUAUACUAACAUUUUAACAAAACCGCGUUUAACUGACAUUCUCUGGAAGCUACGCCCCCUUUCCCGUUUUAUACUGUUAAUGUUUUGGCCGUGUAACAAAUAAACGGGCCUUGUUCAUCAAGAUUUACGGAUUUGUGCGCAAACCGUCCGUACGAGCCUGUACACACAAACACAAUUUAGUAUUCGUGAGAAUCCCGUAAAUUCUGAAAAACGUUCGUAUUCUACUUGUGUUCCUGACGGUGUGUAAACCUACUCGUUUGAAGACUAACCAACGUUGCUUUUAAACUUCAGUGAAAAUUUGGAGUUCGGUUUGGUUAACCAAAAAUCAAGUGAACUCCGCAAUAUUCGUAGCGGCUUGCGAUUUUUUUCGAAAUCGCCACAUAUUUCCCACCGAUUCAGACCGGACGCGUCACGUGACGUCUUCAUGGCGCACAUUCAGCGAAAACCCUCUUCGAUUCACGUGCGUCGAAACAUGAGUACAGCUAAAAGGUCUUGUUUAACAACAAACAUCACUGUGAAAGACUUCACACAGUUGCGAUUUCGCCGAUUCGAGUAGUUUUCCGUGAAAAAAAGAACGAAAAACUCCGAGUCGCAUCGCAGAUUUCGGGGGAAAAAAAACAACGAAAAGCCGCAGCAAAAUCGAGCGUUUUUGGUCGCAACAAUCACUAAAACAUUCUGCGAAAUCCUGACUUACACACAACUUUACUUAAAGAUUGAUGAAUGACGCCCCAAUGUUUUAUAUAUAUA